UCGGAGCAGGCGUCGGGGGCCACGCUGCAGAAGCUGCUGUCCUACACCAAGCCCGACCUGGCCUUCCUCGUGGCGGCCUCCUUCUUCCUCAUCAUCGCGGCUCUGGUAACAGCAUUGGUGGCGCGAGAAUCAGGAGUCCACCCUGCUGCCUCCCCUCACGACUCUAGGCCCCUCGGGGGCCGGCACCGGGCCCGACUCACCCGGACGCCCCGAUGCCCGGCCCAGAGGCAGCCAGCCAGCAGGAUGCAGCUGUGGAAGGCGGUGGUGGUGACCCUGGCCUUCAUGACCACGGACGUCGGCAUGACCACGGCCAUCUACAUCUUCAGCCACCUGGACCGCAGCCUAUCUGCAAUUAGCUCAUUUGCCGCAGGUAUUCGGGGCGGCAUUUUUACCCUCAUAUUUGCCAGACUGAACAUUCGCCUCCGGAACUGCCUCUUCCGCUCGCUGGUGUCUCAGGAGACGAGCUUCUUUGACGAGAACCGCACAGGCGACCUCAUCUCCCGCCUCACGUCGGACACCACCAUGGUCAGCGACCUGGUCUCGCAGAACAUCAACGUGUUCCUGCGGAACGCGGUCAAGAUCACCGGCGUGGUGGUCUUCAUGUUCAGCCUCUCCUGGCAGCUCUCCCUGGUCACCUUCAUGGGUUUCCCCAUCAUCAUGAUGGUGUCCGACAUCUACGGCAAGUACUACAAGAGGCUCUCCAAGGAGGUCCAGAACGCCCUGGCCAGAGCCAGCAACACGGCCGAGGAGACCAUCAGUGCCAUGAAGACCGUCCGGAGCUUCGCCAACGAGGAGCAGGAGGCGGAGGUGUACUCGCAGAAGCUGCAGCAGGUGUACAAGCUGAACAGGAAGGAGGCGGCCGCCUACACGUACUACGUCUGGGGCAGCGGGCUCACACUGCUGGUGGUCCAGGUCAGCAUCCUCUACUACGGGGGCCACCUCGUCAUCUCCGGGCAGAUGACCAGCGGCAACCUCAUCUCCUUCAUCAUCUACGAGUUUGUCCUGGGAGACUGUAUGGAGUCCGUGGGCUCUGUCUAUAGCGGCCUGAUGCAAGGAGUGGGGGCCGCCGAGAAGGUCUUCGAGUUCAUCGACCGGCAGCCAACCAUGGUGCAUGAUGGGAACUUGGCCCCCGACCACGUGGAGGGCCGCGUGGACUUUGAGAACGUGACCUUCACCUACCGCACUCGGCCCCACACCAAAGUCCUUCAGGACGUCUCCUUCAGCCUGUGCCCAGGAAAGGUGACGGCGCUCGUGGGGCCCUCGGGCAGCGGGAAGAGCUCCUGCGUCCACAUCCUGGAGAACUUCUACCCCCUGGAGGGGGGCCGCGUGCUGCUGGACGGCAAGCCCAUCAGCGCCUAUGACCACAAGUUCCUGCACCGCGUGAUCUCCCUGGUGAGCCAGGAGCCGGUGCUGUUUGCCCGCUCUAUCACGGAGAACAUCUCCUACGGCCUGCCCACUGUGCCCUUCGAGAUGGUGGUGGAGGCUGCGCAGAAGGCGAACGCCCACGGCUUCAUCAUGGAGCUCCAGGACGGCUACAAUACAGAGACGGGGGAGAAGGGCGCCCAGCGCCAGGCCCCGAUCCAGGCACUGGGGGUACAGUGGCGGACUGACCGGCCCGGCACACACUCUGCCCCCACGGUGUUUCCGUUCCUGGGGGCGAGACAGAUACUAAACAAGGACCCAAGCCUCAUGCGCGAGGAGGUGGGAGAGCUGGGAUCCAGGCAGGCGGGGCGGACGGGGUCCGGGAGGAGGAGGGAUGAGGCGGGUGGUGGGUGGCCAGCCGGCCUCCUGUCUCCCCAGAUCCAGCGCGCCAUCCACGGCAACCUGCAGCAGCACACGGUGCUCAUCAUCGCGCACCGGCUGAGCACGGUGGAGCGGGCGCACCUCAUCGUGGUGCUGGACAAGGGCCGCGUGGUGCAGCAGGGCACCCACCAGCAGCUGCUGGCCCAGGGCGGCCUCCACCCUCUCAGCCCAUCAAAUGCAAACACCUUCCGAUGGCCCCGGGGCCCCGGCUACCUCUCGGCUUCAGGCUUCAGCGUUGGUCCUCGUUGCUCUGCCCCAGCCACACUGGCCUUCUCCCUUCUGGUCCUUGAGAAAGCGUAG